AUGUACAUGUACACAUGUACGUGCGCGUUGAAGCCAGCCGCAUACAGCGAGGUCUCUCAACGUGAAGAAAACAGUUGUAUCACCUUGUACAAAGCACUGAAGUCUGAAAACAGCUCUGUUUGAAGGAGGAAAACUAUGCAGUUGACACUUCCAUGUCAGGACUAAGGCUUAGGCCUCAUCGUAUCACACAAAAUAUUUCAAACAAAGACGGUUUCACUGGCCCCGCGGUCUGUGCGUACACUUUAGUUCCUGGGUGAGUGUUCAGUCUUUACUUCACUACGUCAUGCGAUAAAUUUGUCGGAGUUUAUCAUUAACCAAAUAACCCCUCGCCAGAUUCUAUGCACAGGAUGAAAACAUAAAUUGCCAACUGCGCAGCAUUUACACACCAGUUUGAGUGGCCUAUAGGCGUUUAUUUUCGUUACAUUGCGAAAAUCAAAACAUGCGCCAUAAUACAGUGCAUGACGGUGCUCGAACGGGAUCUACACGCUCGCUUGUUGACAGCGCCACGGUGGCACGCGGUCGGAUACACUGUGUGUGUGUCGCUCAAAAGAAAAAUAAACGGUUUAUGAGCGUGCAAGGUCAUCACUGAAAGAACGGGGGGAGAUUGUGCCAUUUUUUCCAGCAACGCUUGUCUACCGUCAUGGCGGCUGUUACCAGUCCGUUUCGAGUGUGGAAGUUGGGGGGCUCCACAAUCAGGCCAUCCCUCCGCUUCGACGGCACUGGCAGCAAAGUCCUCGCCCAUCCUCGGCCGAGCUGUGGCCGGAAUUUGCCCUGCUGGCUGGGGCACCGCAUCUGGUUGACCUGCCGCCGGCACCUGCUCCACAGCAGAGUCUUCCUGCUGGCCGCCGUGGUCGUCGGCAUGACGCUGCUCCUGAGGAGCAGCGCGAGCGGAGUGGUCCAGGCCGACGAGUUGAUGGUGGAGGAGGGCCGAGAGAAGGCGGCGCUGAGAACAACGCGAGUCUCGAAGAAAAAUCCUCCCCUCGGGAAUGAAACCAUAAUUGUCAUUCCGGCUCGUGCCAACAACUCACGGUCGGACCUAGCUGUUCAUAAAGACGCAGAGCCCCCGGCCCCAUCCCCGUCCCCGCUCCAGCUCCAAACACCUACAGAUCCACGCCCACCAAAAGUAGCACCGCACGACCGGAACUCGCCAAAUUUCACCAAGGAAAUGAGGCAUUUCGCUGAAUCCUACGCCCACAGCUAUCCAGAUGGCGACCAAUUUAUGGCUUACGUCAAGACGGUGAUCAAGCGCAAAUGGGAACCCAGUCUGAACAACACGAAUCAAUUUAGGCGUGACAUACGUGCAGCACUGGCCGAGGUGGGAAAGAGCAAGAACGUGUACCUGACCAAGCACAAUACACCCCGCCACAAGGUGAUGAUGUACUACAUGGCCGGCAAGCCCGCCAAAAUAGCCGAUCGAAUCUGGGAGACUCUGCCAAAUGAUUCAGUCUUUCAAGCAGACCGCUUUAAGGUCUGUAGCGUGGUAGGGUCAAGCGGUAUUCUUAAGGGCUCAAAGUGCGGGGAGGAGAUAGAUAGAGCCGACUUCGUCUUCAGAUUUAACUUGGCUCCCGUUCGGGGAUUUGAGACGGACGUUGGAGAGAAAACGAAUUUCACGACGCUAAACCCCACCUUUAUCAUGUACAAAAUGAACUCCAUCAAGAAUACAAGCGACGUGGCCAAAUUCACAGAGGCGCUGCGCCAGUUUCAGAAUAGCUUCCUAUACCUGCCGGGAUUUGCCGUCAGCGGUAGCCUUCGGCUGCUGGUUAAAGCGGCCGGCGUGGCCAGUGACGCCCGGGUUACAAAGCCGGUGUACGGUAGUCCCGACCAUUUCCUUGUGGUGUCCAACCUGUGGCGAAAGACACACAACAGCGGCUUAAAAUGGCCUUCAACGGGUAUUUAUGGCAUCUCCUCCCUGUUUGAUACGUGCGACCGGAUUAACGUCUUCGGUUUCUGGCCCUUUGCCAAGUCCUCCGCCGGGAGAGUCGUGCCUUACCACUACAACAACAAUGUCAAAGCGACCAAAGUACACAGCUUUGACAAGGAAUUCAAGACCCUGCUGUUCUUGCAUGAAAAGGGCAUUAUCAAUUUGCAUCUGACGUCUUGCCGAUGAUGAGACAAGCGUUGUGGAUCUUCGCAUUUGCUCCAUUGCUACUUCUGACUAAUACUGCUAACUGAAAACUGAAUUCAUGUCGACCUGUCUCUUUCUUAAAUAGAGACAUUAUCUCCAACUCUCUCCAAAAGAAUUCUGUUUGAAAGAGAGGAAUCUCAGAUUUUUAUACUAAUAGAGAUACCUUUAUUGGGAAAGAAGAUAUCUUUGUUUUGUGAUAGAAUGGUUACAUCACGCGCCCGGAAAUAGGCAUGCCUCAAAAACAAAUAGAUCGAGAUAAUAAUUAUCUAUUCCCUGUUCAUAUUCUCUACUUUUUGUCUUUCCAUCGAGUUUGCACGCCAUUGUGAAGGGUAAAACUAGUGUCGGGAAAGGUUCGAUCCGUUAACACCUGUCAUCUCAGGGACCAAUGGCAAGUGCCUGCUAAACUGUCGAUCAUUCAUAGACCUUUCCCAUGAGACACCGCAUACUGCACUCAUCGCGCGUGGGCACGCAGAACGCGUCUGCCGUAGGGAUGCGUUGCUAGACUUGAAAUCAAGUCGGUAAUUGGCCGGGCACAGUCCACCUUCCUAUAUGAAGGUUGUUAUUGAGCUGUGCGCGACCACUUGUCUUGGCUAAUACGGAGAGCGCUUUGAACUUUGAAGGGGGUAAGACGGCUGCAUUAGUAAGCCGGAAGACGUGGGUUCGAGUCCCUCCCAAGUAAGCUUGUGAAUUUUUUCGCUCUCGGACACGCCCUGAGUAUACAGCGUUAUAUAUGUUGGGUAAGGGCAAAAUCCGGAGUAUAAGUUAACAUCUCCCGACGCAAAUGUCUUAAUUUAGUUACAUCGAAUCCACAAAAGGUUUACUCGAGCCUAUCUUUGAGGACGAGUGAAUGCAUUACUUCUGAGGACGCGUGAACGCAUAACCUCUUUCCUAUAAUGCCGUAGUGUGAAAUUGUUCCGUCUCGAUGUAACGAGCCGUUGACACCCCCUUUUCUGAAAAAAAAUGUAGUUUGGAAGGAGAUUAUUUUGUUGUUAUAUAGUGGUUUUCGGGUUUCAUUCGUUGGUUUUGGUUUCAUUUUACAUUAGAAAUAGAUUCAAGGAGCUUUUAUCACUGAAAUAUUUUUGUCUUCUCAAGCAACUCAUUACCAUCGAGCAAUUCGUAUUUUAUGAUUGUUUCAGAGGUUUAACUUAUUUCUGCUAUCAGGGUAGUAAAGAAGAAUAUAUGGCACAUUGCCAGCCAUUAUUUGGUUAUUAAUUUGCGCUGUUCUGUUUAUAUGUUUAGUACAUGGUCAUCGGUCGGUUUUAUGGGUGAGUUUAUUCAAAUUAGAAAAGGUGUAAUGUCGCAAAUAAUUAAGUCAAGAGCAAUAAUUAAUACACAAAGGGAUAAACGCCGAGUGUAUUUUGAUGAGUGCCCAGUGAUGAUAAACUGAAAAAUAUUUCAUUGGGCUUUUCUUUAUUUUUGUACGAAGCAAUGAUGGAUUCUUAUGUGGCUAUUCUAUCAUUGAUUUGAAAGCUUGUAAAUGUAUUUAAAAAACUUGUUUGUGUGGGAUUUUUUGGUAAGACGCUUGGCCUAAGGCCUAGAGAAAGUUUAUAUUGAGAAUGCAUGCUUGAUGAAAGGGCUCAGGCAAUUCGAUUGUUUAUGCCGUAAACGCUGGUGCGUUGCACCUUCAGCCUGAUUUUCGUGUUGUGUCGUUUUAUUGCUGUGUCUCUCCGUCAUUUAUUGUAAAUAUGAUUUCAAAUUUACAUCAUUACACAAGCGAAAUUGUGAUGUCAUCUAAGGUAAAAAUCCACAGUGUUACCGCAAUUUCUUCAGUAAGUUUUGCCCGGAAUAAAACCGUGGAUUUUGUUUAAAAAUGA